AUGAAGCAAAAAGAGAACCAGACAUUCGACGAGUUUGUAACGGACCUUCGGAGGCAAGCAGAAAAAUGCGACUUUGGGGAGAAAAAAGACAGACUUAUUGGCGACCGCAUCGUCGUAGGAAUCAGAGAUGCAGCAUUAAGAGAGCGCCUUUUUCGCGAACGGGACCUCACACUCGACAAAAUCAUAACAACGUGCAAGGCAGCGGAAAUAUCCAAGAAGCACGUAAAAGAGCUCCAGGAGCCGAAUUUCGAAGUGCAAGCCCUACAGAAGCCGAAACAACGGAACUCACAAAAACCAGCAACAAUGGAGAACCGGCAACAGAAACCACAGCUGAAGCUGCAACAAAAGUGUUCACGCUGUGGAACAACGCACAGACCACGCGAAUGCCCUGCCUAUGGUUGCAACUGUUACAACUGUGGCAAAUUCGGGCAUUUCGCCAGCCUGUGUAGGCAAGGCCAACGAGGCAGCAGUACCUCCCGCCAGCGAAUAGGUCUCCUCGAAGAUCCACAGCAACAGGAUCAGCAGCAAGAAUUUUUCUUGGAGAGUCUCGACCUCCACAACAUCAACAGCAACUCGGAGUGGACAGAAACAGUCAACGUAAAUGGCUACAACGUCAGCUUCAAGCUAGACACCGGCUCCGACGUAAACAUCAUGCCAAAAAAUCAGUUCAGCGCAUGGCCAUCGCAGCCUGCAUUCAAGCCAACAGCAGCACGAGUGACAACUUAUACGGGACAGCAACUUCCCAUCGACGCUGAAUGCGAGCUGCGCUGCUCAACUAAAGAAAAAGAGUGCACCCUGAAGUUUCUCGUCGUCAGCCAACCACUGAAGCCGAUUUUGGGCGCCAACGCAUGCGAAGCCCUGAAUCUCGUCACGAGAAGGCAACCGCAGCAAACAACUGUAGCUGCGUGCACAGCAACGCAACGACUUGAAAACGUGCUCAACGACUUUCCUGAUGUAUUUGAAGGCAUCGGAAAACUACCUGGAGUUUAUUCCGUACAACUGAAGGAAGGAGUAACUCCCACGGUGUCAGCUCCACGCCGUGUACCCAGCGCAUUAGAGCACAAAGUGAAAGCAGAACUGCAACGAAUGCAAGAAAAUGGAAUCAUCACCGAAAUCACAGAGCCUUCCGAGUGGGUCCAUCCGAUUGUUAUCAUCACCAAAAAAGACGGCAGCGUCCGACUGUGCUUAGAUCCUCGGAACUUAAAUAAGGCCAUCAAAAGACAACACUACCAGGUACCUGUGGCGGAGGAACUCUUCGCAAACUUGAGCGGUGCAAAAAUAUUCUCCGUCCUUGACGCAAAAAGUGCUUUCUACCAACUGGUCUUGGAUGAAGCAAGUUCACGUUUGUGUACGUUCACGACGCCCUGGGGAAGAUAUCGAUUUCUUCGUGUUCCAUUUGGCCUCGCAACAGCCCCCGAGCUCUUCGAGCAAGCUAUUGACAGGGUCUUCGAACGGCAGCUUACCGUCAAGCCCUACUUCGACGACGUUCUGGUCGCGUCACGAAACCUUGAAGAGCACGAGAAAGACCUCAGGAAUGUGCUCACAGUAGCACGCGCCAACAACCUAAAACUCAACAAGGCCAAGCUCCAGCUGGGUUUGACGGCAAUUACGUACUUGGGUCACCAACUCUCACCACAAGGGAUCGCUCCAGACCCAGAUAAAGUGAAAGCCAUCAAAGCCAUAACGAUGCCAUCAGGCAAGAAAAUGACAGCAGCAGACACACCGUCACGUGCAUCAGACUCAUUUAGCCAGAUGCAAACAGCGGAUCAUGAUCAAGGACUUCUCGUAUCAACUUUGAUCCAAGCAACUCCAGCAAGGGGAGGAAAAUCCCCAGCUGAGCUGUUAAUGGGCAGGAAGUUGCGCACAUUUCUACCAACCCUUCCAAGCGUACUACAACCGAGCUUUCCAACUGCAACUCACCGCACGCUUCUCCAUGAAAGGCAAAAGCAGCAACACAAACACGGAGACUGCCACACAAGAAAUCUCUCAGCACUAAUUCCUGGUCAGCUUGUGUGGCUCCACCUGAAUCAAAAAUGGGAAAAAGCCACCGUGGUGAACGUCGGUCUAGAACCUCGAAGAUACGCCGUAAAGACAGACACCGGAGACAUCUUCAGGAAUCGCAUCCAUCUGCGACCAAGAAACACAGAGCAGACUGUUGCAGAGGCUUCGCCAGAGGACUACGAGAUAGCUGAGCCGAGCCCACCAGUUACAAGACAGCAAGUUGAGGAACGGCCUCGCCCACCUCAAACAAACCGCUCCGGAGGAAGGAUCAAGUCUCCUGCACGCUAUCCCAGCUUAAGAAGCGACUUCACUUAA